AUGGUGCUACUGCCUUUUCUGAUACACACUGAUUCUCCUGAGAAAGUCUGUGUUCAGCUGACCCACCUGAAUGAGUCUGUGACGCUGAGUGCCACACUCGAGUAUCAAGGGGAAAACAGGAGCUUGAUUGAUGAUGUGGUAUCAGAGAAGGACUUGUUCACCUGUAUCCCUUUCUUUCUUCCAAAAUCCAACAGCACAUCAAUGGCAUUUCUCACUGUGAUGGUGAAGGGGGUGACACUGCAGUUCAGGAGCCGCAAGUCAGUGCUGGUCCAGAAUUCUGAGAGCUUGGUUUUCAUCCAGACAGACAAACCCAUCUACAAGCCCGGACAGACAGUUCUGUUUCGGAUCGUCUCACUGGACAAAGACUUCUACCCACUGAAUGAAAAGUUCCCAUUUGUCUAUGUUCAGGAUCCACAGAGGAACCGUGUGUACCAGUGGCAAGGGGUGGAACUAGAGACUGGCCUUACGCAGCUCUCCUUCCCCCUCACCUCAGACCCCAUCCAGGGCUCAUACAAAAUAGUUGUGCAGAAGAGCUUCUCGUCCCAUGUGGAACACUUCUUCAGCGUGGAGGAAUAUGUGUUGCCCAAGUACGAGGUCCUGGUGAAGCUGCCCAAGAUGAUCACUAUUAAGGACAAGGAGCUUCCAGUGUCCGUCUGUGGUCUGUACACUUAUGGGAAACCUGUACCUGGUUUGGUGAAUGUCCAAGUGUGCCGUAAGUUUUCCCAUUCCACUUCAAAUUGUUAUGGGAAAGAAGCAGAAGCUGUGUGCGAAGAAUUCACUAGGCAGGCAGACGCUCGUGGGUGUGUUUCUGGUGUAGUAAGGACCAAGAUAUUUCAGCUCCAGCGCAGGGGAUAUGAGAUGAGCAUUGAGGUACAAGGCAAGAUCACAGAAGAUGGCACAGGAAUAGAGAUGACUGGAACAGGCUCCUGUGGAAUCACAUCCAUCAUGAGCAAAAUCAGCUUUGACCUGCUGGACUCUCAGUACAGACCAGGGAUCCCACUCUUUGGGAGGGUGAAGCUGGUAGAUGGCACUGGUGCUCCAAUUGCCAAUGAAACCAUCACGAUUUCUGUGGAUGGAGACAGAUACAGUGGGAAUUACACUACAGAUGAGCAGGGACAAUCCUGGUUUUCCAUAGACACUACCACCUUCACAGAAGCCUCCCUGGAAAUCCGAGCUUAUCAUAAACCUGAACUGAACUGUUAUGACAGUGACUGGAUCACACCUUCAUAUGAGCAUGCCAUGCAUAGAAUAAGUCGAUUUUACUCCCCCAGUAAGAGCUUCCUCAAGAUUGAGCCAAAGCCUGACACAUUAAGUUGUGGCUUCUCCACAGAGAUCCAGGUGCACUAUAUCUUCACACCAGAGGCCACAGGAGAGCAGAAGAAAAUUGUCAUUUACUAUCUGGUGAUGGCCAAGGGAGACAUUAUAUUAGCAGACACCCAUGAUCUGACUGUCAAUACUGGAGAUGCUUAUGGGACAUUUCAGUUGUCCUUCCCUGUUGAGGUGGCAAUUGCUCCCCUGGCACGGAUGCUUGUGUACACCACUUCACCCAGAGGGGAAGUCAUCGCCAGUUCAGCAGAUUUCCAGGUUGAAAGUUGUCUCCCCAAUAAAGUCAGAUUGAGUUUUGCACCCAAGGAAGGUCUUCCUGCCUCCAACACACACCUGCAACUCCAUACCUCACCAAGGUCCCUGUGUGCCCUCCGUGCUGUGGACAAGAGCGUCCUCCUUACGAAGCCUGAAGAUGAGCUCUCUCCCAGAUCUCUGUAUGAUCUUCUCCCACUGAAGGAAAUCCGGGGUUAUGGUUUCAAGGACUACUACCUGGAAGAAGACAAUGUAAACCCUUGUGUGUCCCUUGACAACAUAUUACUAAAUGGAUUUGUCUAUACACCCAUUUCUCCUGACGGAGAAGGUGAUGCCUAUGACAUUUUCAAAGAAUUGGGCUUAAAAGUCUUCACUAGCAGCAAGAUCCACAAGCCUGAAAUCUGCCAACGCCUGUCCUUGAACAAAUUUUUAGUCACUGCAUUGAAUUUGAUUGAAGAUUUUGAUGAUGAAAUAAUGGAACAUAUGGUUGCUGGUAAUCCUGUGGAGACCAUCCGGAAGUACUUCCCUGAGACGUGGAUCUGGGACAUAGUUUCAGUGAACUCUGAGGGAAAUGCUGAUCUAGAUGUGACCAUCCCUGACACCAUCACCGAGUGGAAAGCCAACGCAUUCUGCACUUCGGCAGACGCGGGCUUCGGUUUGUCCACAACAGUGUCCCUCAGAGCCUUCCAGCCCUUCUUCGUAGAGCUCACCAUGCCCUACUCUGUGGUGCGUGGUGAGUCCUUCACACUGAAAGCCACCGUUUUCAACUACCUGACUGCCUGCAUUAGGGUCAGCGUGUCUCUGGCGGAAUCUACUCAUUUCCUGGCUACACCAGUAGAGAAGCAGGAAGAAUCCUACUGCAUCUGCAUGAAUGAAAGGAAAACUGUGACUUGGGCAGUAACACCAAGAUCUCUAGGGCAGGUGGAGUUCUCAGUGAGCACUGAGGCCCUGCAGAACCAACAGCCCUGUGGGAAUGCCAUUGUGGAGACCCCUGAGAAAGGGAGGAAAGACACAGUCGUCAGACAGCUGCUGGUGGAGCCGGAAGGAACUGAGGUGGAAACUAGCUACAGCUCUGUGCUCUGUGCAUCUGAAAAGUCAAUGUCAGAGUCAGUCUCCCUGGUUCUCCCAGAAACUGUGAUAGAUGGCUCAGCCAGAGCAUAUUUCUCAGUGCUAGGUGACAUGAUGGGCACUGCCAUGCAGAACCUGCACCAGCUCCUCCAGAUGCCAUUCGGCUGUGGAGAACAGAACAUGGUCCUUUUUGCACCCAACAUUUAUGUCCUGGACUAUCUGAACAAGACAGGGCAACUGAGUGAGGAGGUCAAAUCCAAGGCCAUCGGAUACUUAGUGAGCGGGUAUCAAAGGCAAUUGAAGUACAAACACUGGGAUGGUUCUUAUAGCACCUUUGGGCCCCAUUAUGGGCAAGUUGGGAAUACCUGGCUUACAGCCUUUGUCCUCAAGUCCUUUGCACAGGCCCGGCCUCACAUCUUCAUAGAUGAGAAGCACAUCCAGGAUGCUUUGCUCUGGCUUACUCAAAAGCAGAAGGAGAAUGGCUGUUUCCGCAGUUCUGGGACACUCCUGAACAGUGCCAUGAAGGGUGGAGUGAAUGAUGAGAUCACGCUGACGGCCUACAUCACUAUCGCACUGCUGGCGAUUCCUCUGCCUGUAGCUCACUCAGUAGUGCGUAAUGCUCUGUUCUGCCUGGAAAUGGCAGCAGAUGAGAAAGAAAACCAC